AUGGCGGGGAAGAAGAGGAAAUCGUCGGAAGGCGACCGGAAGCCUCGGAAGGACCGUCAUCGUCAGGCGCUCGAUGACGACAACGAUAGUGUCGUUUCGAAGACCAGGAGCAGGGCUCCCAAGCAGCACCACGAAGAGGACAAGGCAUUCAUCGACGGCUCCGAUCGACAUUGUUUCGCUUUGUGGCCGCUGUAGCGAUCAACUCAACUCUUUCGUCUGUUGUUUGACUCGCAGUUGAUCUCGCCCGCCCUCAGCGCGAAAAUUCUGAAUGAGGCUCUGAAACAGCAGAGGGAAGUACUCGAAGAAGACGAGAAGGCGGAGGAAGCGAAACUAAACACUCUGCCCCCCCUUUCUAUCGAAUCCGUGCAACCCUCUAUCUCCAGCGACGACGAAGAUGAAAUUGACGAUUUUCAUGGGUUCUCUGAGACCCAGAGUCAGUACGAUGGCGACGCCGUGAGUUUUAUCUCAUACUUGUCAUGUAAAGUUGUGAUUUUGAAUUAUUGUCGUCGUUUUACCGGUGGGUAUUGGCUUCAUAUUUGUGUAAGAUGCAGCAGGAGAUAAAUGAGGAAGAUGAAAGGAUUUUGGCAGCAUUCAUGCCUAAAGAUGCUGGUCCGCAGCAAACACUGGCAGACGUCAUUAUACGGAAGAUUAGAGAGAAGGAUGCUGAGGUCGCGAUGGGUAUGCUUUUCCCCCUUCAAUAGUGCCUCCUCCCUUGUUCACUCAUUUAACACGCACCUAUUGUCGAAUAUGUCAUUGAAAGUAUCUGUGUUGUCCUUUGUAAGAGGUUUUCCCUGAUAUUACCCGACUGUAUCCAUGCUUACUAGGAAUUUACCGAACUCCAUGCUAUGGUAAAGUGUGUUACUAUGGCAUCAGCAAUUAUGUGGAACCUUUAAUGUCAUAGCAUGGAUACUGUAUCUUAGUUUAAAGAUGUUAUUUCUCCUAGUUACGGUAGCAUUUUAGGUUUAUUAUUUUUCCAGGAACUGUUUUACCGUCGACAGCUGUACUGAGGACUUAACACUGAAGAUGAUGGAUGGCAGAUAAUUUAGGGGUUUCUGUGCCUUCAUAUCUCCUGCAGCUCAGGCUCCAGAUGGGUGAUUUAGGAUCUGGUGUUUAUAAUAAAAGUAUUUCUUCACUUGUUCUAUUAUCGCUGUGUGGUUUUUGGAAUCUUGCCUCUUAACUUAAACGUUGUUUUACCAUUGCUUAUCCCUAACAUAAUAAUCACUAUGACUGCAACGUCCUAAGAAAAUGCUGCUGCUCAUCGAUAUCAUAAUGACCAUGAAGAUUGUAAAUCCACAAAUGAGCGAUGGAGCAUACGAAAACAGUAUAACAACCCAAUUUUUUAUUAAAAAUAUCAUUCAUACUUUUUCCCUUUCUUUUUUUGAUGCUGAAUUGUGUUCUAGUGGAAUGCAGUGGAAUAACAUUUCCUUGACAUACAAUAUUCGUCUGUCUGAAGAUCAUGGAGAAUAGCUCUGGGAAUUUGCAUUGUUUUUUCAAGAAGCGCCCACAUGUAUCUUACGUUGAAUAAUUUUAAGUGGAAUUUCAGUAUCUUGGGUGAUAUCUUGUAGAAACACGUUCGUAUUUCUGUUAUAAUGUCCAGUUAUUGACUGAAGCUCUUCUUUCUGUUUCAGACGAACGGCCUGUACCCAAGUUGGACACGUCCAUUAUAGAUUUAUACAAGGGGUAUGCGUAUACUUUCUCUUCAAUGCUUUCCUUUCAUUUGCUUUUCAGUCUAAUGAUGUAUUGAUUUUAAUAUCGUGUUCAUGGGUCAUAAAUGUCCAGGGUCGGCAAAGUGUUAAGUAGGUAUACAAAUGGGAAGAUCCCCAAGGCAUUUAAGCAUAUUGCAUCAUUUGAAUUCUGGGAAGAAGUUCUGUACUUGACAGAACCAGAAAAAUGGACACCAAAUGCGAUGUAUCAGGCAACCAGAUUGUUUGCUUCAAGGAAUGUCAAAAAGGCCCAACGGUUUUAUGCUCUUGUUCUGCUCCCACGUGUUAGAAAUGACAUUCGAGAAAACAAAAGGCUUCACUUUGCUUUAUACCAAUCACUGAAAAAAUCCCUUUACAAGCCAGCUGCCUUCUUCAAGGGUAUUUUGUUGCCACUAUGCAAGGUAUGUAGCCAGUAGCUACCUUAGUGGAUUUGAAGUUUAUUACUCAAUGUCUAUGAUGAUUCCUCAUAGGAGUUUAUAUAUAAAUUCGAAUUUCAGUUUCACCUCAUUGCCGCGAGGAAAGUUGGGAUUGGACAGAUUGUUUGUCUUCUUUUAUUGCAACCGUUCAGCUAUUCUUAUCUUGGGUUUGUGUUAAAGCUAAUGUGGCAAAAUUAGAGUAACUCCACAACAGUCAGUGAAACUUUUCACAAGUACUGAAGCUUGAUGUUGUAGAUGUAGGAAAUAAAGUUGAACCAGACAACAGACCAAAAGUAAUGAAGCAUAUAAAACAGUGCACGCAAAGUCACGGUAGCUCCGCUAUCUGGUGUCUUGGUCCAUAUCUCAUUGGUCAUUUGUGGUGUCAUUGCAGUCUCUAAUCCCUAGAUGAUGCAAGGGAAGCUUUACCCUGCUAAAUGACAGGCUUCUGUGUAUUUGAUAACGACGUAUUAUCAGAUUUAACUGAAAAGAACAACCCAAAGUUCGGAACUCAUUUUACCAAUCUUUGGAAGUUCCUUCUUUGGAGCUUAAGAGCAGUUUUUUGGAAAUGCAACUUCACAUAUUUAUACCACGAGAGUUUUUAAAAGAAAAAAGGUAUUCUAUUCUUUAUAGAAGAGGAAGGAACACUAAUGUUUUUUCCCCCGGAUUUGCAGUCUGGAACUUGCACACUUCGCGAAGCUGUCAUCAUUGGUAGCAUCAUUCAGAAGCUCAAAAUUCCUCCCAUUCAUUCAAGGUUAGUCAGCAUGCCUUUUAUGUGCUCACAUUAGAUGUGCUUAAUUUUUUGCGUGCAUUUCUUCAUCUUUAUCAACGAGCCUUUACUUGUUGUUUUACUUGUUUCCAACAGCGUCGCACUGAUGAAGUUGGCAGAGAUGGACUACUGUGGAACGACAAGGUACUGUCUUUAACUUGGCAUUUUUAAGGUGGCCUUUUUUGCGGUCCUUAGGCCGCCAAAUUGGUAACGGAUUCAAUUAUUCUUUCUUAUGGUCCUCUGUAUCUGCCUCGUUUUUCUGCUACUAUAUUUUUACCUCCCCGAUGUUAAACUACGGUUCAUUAAUUCUUUGCAGUUAUUUCAUCAAGCUGUUUCUAGACAAGAAAUAUGCAAUGCCUUACAGAGUGCUUGAUGCUGUUGUCGCACAUUUUAUGAAGUUUCUCGAGGAUGAAAGGAUCAUGCCUGUUAUAUGGCACCAAUCGCUCCUCUCACUUGUGCAAAGGUGAAUGCCCAGUAGGUUGUUAGUAUCACCAGUUCACUUCUAGGCGAUUAAAAUGGGGAGUUUCCGACUUUACUGAGAUAUUCAUCGGAGAGAAUGCUCUCUAAGUUCCCUUCACCUUCUGACUACUAUAUAUCCUUUUUUUAAAAGGAUUAUCAAAUGGUAUGUAUUUUCUUGUUCCGUCACCACCUUAUGAGACGAGCUUUUCUUGAACAGGUACAAAAAUGAGCUGACAGGGGAGGACAAGGAUAACAUCGACCGUCUCCUUCAACACCAGAAACAUCAUUUAGUAUGUUACUUGAUCGUCCAAUCUACUUUUUGUUUCAGAUUUUUUUUCCAGAUGGUUUGGGUUACCUGGGAUUAUUUGCUCUCUUACUGCAGGUCACCCCUGAAAUUAGGCGUGAACUCAGGGACAGCCUCAACCGCGGGGAGAAGGAAGAGGACAUGGAUAUCCUUUUGCUUCCUAACCCGACAUUUCCUGUUGCGCGCAGCUAAAUUUUCUUCAUUUCUUGCCUGAGCCACCUCCCUUUCCUCAUGCCAACUGGUGUCGAUUUAUUUAUUUAUUUAUUUAUUUAUUUAUUUUACCUCUCCAAAGAUGAAACCCGGUUGGGUAUAUUUUACCGGAUUUGUUCCUUCGGGUUUUCAUCAAAAAAAUAUUUUCUUUUCGCAGAUAGAACAUAGAAAAUUAUUUUACCGCAUGCUUUGCUUGCGCUUCGUCCGUUCCUUUGUUCGGUCCAUUUGGCAGUCGCCUGCCUCCUUGAUCCAGUCUUCUACAGGGUUUUUGGUCGAAAUCUGAUCGCAGCGUGAUGAAUAGUUUCACACCUCACUUACAGCAAUCGUUUGAUUUUAUUUUCUACUUAAAUGUUUCCUCUUGUGCCCCUUGACGUCCGACCACCGUCGCCAGUCUUCGUCAUCAACAGGAAGAUUGAGGAAGAUCGAUGGGAUCUCCCGGCGGUUCCCAUGGAGGAGGAUUGA